UUUAUUCAGAAGAUGUCAACCGUGUCUGCCGCCAGCGUGGAGUCUACCGCUGUGAUCGAGGCCCCUGAGAAGAAGCCACUGAAACCAUGCUGUGCUUGCCCAGAGACAAAGAAAGUCAGGGAUGCUUGCAUCAUUGAGAAAGGAGAAGAAAGCUGUGCAGUCCUGAUUGAGGCUCACAAAGAUUGCAUGAGGGCACUUGGAUUCAAGAUUUAACUACUCCCUUUAUUUUUGUCUGUGUGUGUGGUGCUGUGCAAGGUGACCCUGGGUCUUCCCCUGCUUAUUUAUACCUCAACUGUAAGGGAAAUGUACUUCGGCUCUGAUAGUGUGAAAAUGUUUUCUAAAUCUCAAGAUUAUGAGAAAUGUGUGAAAUCUAAAAUGUUGUCUGAUAAAUAAAAGUCCUAUGCAAUA